AUGAGUAGAAAUUCAUUGCUUUCAUUAACAAGAUGUUAUAGACAACAUCAUUUAAAUACUAGUAAUGCUGCUGCUGGUGUUUCAUCAUUAAUAAAGUCAAAUAUUUCAUCUUUGUCAAACAAUGUCAAUAGUGAAUUGAAAUUGAAUCAAUACUUCAAGAAUGGUGGUUUGGCAUCAUCAUUAAUUAAAGAAGAACAACAACAACAAACCGAUCGUUUAGUUCAGAAUAAUACAACUUUAAGAUCAUAUUCACAAAUCAACAAAGCACAACAACAAAAACAACAACAACAACAACAAACAAAUGUAGAUAUAUUAGCAAAACAAUCAACACCACUUCGAUGGGUACCUAUAAAAUCAUCUUCACAAUUAUUCGCAUUGAAUAAUCAUUUCAUAAAAUCAAAUAUCGAUUAUCAAGUUAGAUUGAUCUCUACAAAGAAAAAAGGUUCAACCGUAAAAAAAGAUAGCUAUGAUUAUGGAAAUGGUAAAUCGGAUGGUAAUCAAACAAAGGGAUUCCUGUCGUUACCACAACCUUUGGAGGUCAAAGUACAAGGAAAUACAUCACCACUGAAAAUCUUUGUAAUCAUGUUGAUCACCGCUAGCGUUGUCUAUUACUUUUAUUUUAACCAAACGAAUCCCGGAGCAUCCGGUAGUUCCAACUCGAGUGGUAUUCUCUCUGUGAUCACUUCGAAACCCUACAAGAAGGUUUUGCAGCGUCCAAAAGAGACGUUCGACGAUGUCAUUGGUGCAGACGAAGCCAAGUCAGAGCUACAGGAUCUCGUUGAUUACCUGCGCAAUCCAAACAAGUAUAUCGACCGCAACAUUGUGAUUCCCAAGGGUAUCUUGCUGGUCGGUCCACCCGGUACCGGUAAGACACUGCUCGCCAAGGCGUUGGCAGGCGAAGCACGCAUUCCCUUCCUGACGAUCAACGGUUCCGAAUUUGAGGAGAUGUUCAUUGGUGUCGGUGCUAAGCGUGUUCGUGACCUCUUUGAAACCGCCAGAAAGAACGCACCUUGCAUUGUGUUUAUCGAUGAGAUCGACUCGGUUGGUGGAUCGCGUUCCAAACGUGUCAACUACCAUCCUUCGGAAGCUUUGAAUCAGCUGCUUGUAGAGCUCGAUGGAUUCAACGGACGUGAAGGUGUCGUAGUCAUUGCCGCCACCAACUAUCAAGAGACGUUGGAUGCUGCGCUCGUCAGAUCCGGACGUUUCGAUCGUUCCAUUCAAGUUCCACUGCCAGAUUGCAAGUCGCGUAAGCAAAUCAUCGAACUCUACUUGAAGAACAAGAAGUUCUCCACCGGUGUAAACACACAGAUCAUCGCUCAGGGAACACCAGGAUUCUCGGGUGCCGAUCUCUUCAAUCUUGUCAACUGGGCUGCUUUGGACACCACCAGAAACGACCGUCCAGAGAUCUCGAUGGAGUCACUCGAGAACGCCAAGGAAAACAUUAUCAUGGGUAAGGAAAGACACUCGCUAAUCUUGUCGGACGAAGCAAGAAGAAUCUGUGCAUAUCAUGAAGCUGGUCAUGCAUUGGUUGCUCUGUUCACAGAGGGAUCGAAGGAUGUCCACAAAGCGACUAUCAUGCCACGUGGUGAUGCCCUCGGUUUGGUAUCGAUGUUGCAAAAGGACGACUUCUUCCAGACCAAGAAACAGUACUUGGCUGAAAUGGAUGUAGCUAUGGGUGGUAGAGCCGCCGAGGAAUUGGUACUCGGCGUGGACAAUAUCUCACAGGGUGCAUCGAGCGACAUCAAAAAAGCAACCUCCAUCGCAAAGAGCAUGGUAAUGAAACUCGGUAUGUCCGACAAGGUCGGUAAGAUCUACAUUGACUCUGAGAAGAAGCUGAGUGUUCAACAGCGUGAGUUGGUCGAUAGCGAGGUCAAAGCCUAUCUCGAUCAAUCGUUUGAGCGUGCCUGUGAGCUACUCAAGAAGCACUCCAAGGAGCAUCAUCUACUCGCCGAGGCACUCCUAGAAUACGAAACAUUGAAUCUCGAGGAGAUCAAGAGUAUCAUCAAUAAGAAGCCAUUGGUCAACAAGAAGAAUCGUUCGGAGCUGCUAAAGGAACGUGAAGAGAAAGAAAAGAAGAGACAAGAGGAAUUCAAAAAGAAAGACACCACCCAACCAAUGCCAAAAUCAAACAUCAUUGUCAUUCCACAGUCUAACAACCCAACACCAUCCACCAACAAUCCAGGUAGAUUGAGUAUUUCCAUCUCAAGACCAGGUACAUCACAACAACAACAAUCAAACAACAAUGUCAACAACAACAACAACAAUAAUAAUAACAACAACGAACAACAAUCAUCUUCAAAUAACACCAAACCAAGUGAAGGAAAGAAUAUAACAAUUACCGAUGCAAAUAAUAAGAGUGAUAUUAAUAAUAAAUAA